AUGCAAAUCAUGCUGGUGCCAACUUGGGAGGAGGCAGGAAGUUGGAGCGAAAGGUGCAUGGAAAGGAGAUGGAUCGCGAGACGGAUCGCAGAGGAGAUCGCCCGGCAUCCCAAGUUCAAGGAAAGGGGAAUCGCAUCAGGACCUGGUUGGGAUGCUGAAAGAGUGGUGAGGAAGGACCUGGAGCAGCAGAUGACAGACACGUUGACACGAAACGAAGGAAGUCCGGUCUCUCGACAGUUUACUCCUGCUCAGGAUUGCGUACGGGAGGCCAGAGCCCGGUGGUCUCUCCUCCGGCUCAUAGACAAUGCGUGGGGGUAUCCCGCAGCACUAGCGAUGCAAUACGAGAGCAGGGAGGCCGGCCUCAGCCGCAUGCGUUGCGCAUGA